AUGAGAUUCGCCGUCGUCGUAUUUGCUGUGCUGGCGGUGGCCUACGCCCAAAACACGCCCACCCCCAAGCCUUCAGCGUUCAACACCUUCGGCUUCCCCCAGAACAACCAAUACAAUCCUUAUGGCCAGUACAACCGGUACCAGAAGUACUCUCAGGGUCAAUACCAGCCGUACAACCAGUACCAGAACCAAUACCAAGGCCAAUACCAGAACCGUUACCCCUACCAGACUUACAAACCCGUCGUCACCUCCACCGUUGCCCCACUUCGCCCAGUUGAACCAGUAGCCCCCUCAGCCGCUCCAUCUCCCGCACCAGUCGCCACUGCCUCAGCCACAGUCUCCGCUUCUCCCGCCCCCGCACCUGUAAGGGCAGUCAUCUCCUCCAAGGUUGUCUCCGACGCACGCGCAGCCUCCGUUGUCAAAUACGGCAAUGAGAUCAACCCCGAUGGCGCUUUCAACUACUUCUUCGAGACUGACAACGGUAUCGCGGCUCAAGCGCAAGGUGUCCCACGUAACUUCGGCGGAGACCCACCAGUCUCUCCCGACGUAGUUCAAGGUUCCUUCUCAUGGAUUUCUCCCGAAGGUGAAGAGAUCGCCCUUACCUACACCGCUGACGAAAACGGAUACCAAGCUCAGGGUAGCGCCAUCCCCCAGCCACCUGAAAUUCCUCCCCAGAUCGCUCGCGCCCUGGAAUACAUCGCCAAAUACACCCCCGUUCAAAAG